AUGUCUCAAAUUUAUAGAGGGAUUCACGCAGCAUUGAUUAUAUCCCUAGUUAUAGCCUUCUCUUCAUGGCUGCGCAGUCUCAAAAGGUUCAAAGGAAAGAGAGAAAAAGCAGAAUGUUUGGCAGACUUGAUAGGCGAUACACCUCUUCUCAAAAUACGCUCACUUUCAGAGGCUACAGGCUGUGAGGUAUAUGCAAAAAUGGAAUUAUGCAAUCCAGGAGGAUCAUCCAAAGAUAGAGUUGCUUUAGCCAUUAUUAAAGAUUUUGAAGAGCGAAAUCUGAUUAGACCCAACAAGGGCGACGUCAUUUUUGAAGGGACUUCAGGGUCUACGGGCAUUUCAAUAGCUAUGCUUUGUAAAUCUAUGGGCUACACAGCGCAUAUAUGCUUGCCUGAUGACACUUCAGAUGAGAAGGUGAAUCUCCUACAAAUGUAUGGAGCAGUAAUUGAAAAAGUGAAACCAGCAUCCAUCGUCGAUCCAAAUCAAUACGUAAAUGCAGCAAAAAAUGCAGCUGAUGCAGUCACUAAUGACUCCAGUUCCAAUAUUAACGCUGUAUUUGCAGAUCAAUUCGAGAAUGAGUGCAACUGGAGGGUUCAUUAUGAAACGACCGCAAAAGAGAUAUGGGAGCAAACUGAAGGAAAGUUGAACUUUUUCGUUUCGGGUGCAGGAACGGGUGGCACAAUUGCAGGGUGCUCGAUGUUCUUCAAACAAAAGAAUAACUCAAUUAAGACAAUCUUAGCAGAUCCCCAAGGAUCCGGCCUCUUCAACAGAGUUGAAUAUGGUAUCAUGUAUGACACUGUAGAGAAAGAAGGAACCAGAAGAAGGCAUCAAGUUGACACUUUAGUGGAAGGUAUUGGACUAAACAGAAUCACUAAGAACUUCUCACAGGGCGAAAUUUAUAUUGACGCGGCAGAAAAGGUCAUCGACAAAGAGGCGCUUUUAAUGGCUCGCUAUCUCAUGGAGAAUGAAGGUCUCUUUUUGGGAUCGAGUUCUUGCGUAAAUGCAGUAGCGUCCGCUAGAAUAGCCUUUAAGAAAGCAAAAAAAGGGGAUACCAUCGUUUUUAUUGCCUGCGAUUCAGGUAUCAGGCAUUUGUCUAAAUUUUGGAAAGAAGCUCUCAAAUACGAUGUCCCUUCAGAUUUAAGGGAUAUUAUAAACACUUAG